GAUACACUGUACAUACAGUAGAAUUCAUGCAAGUGUAGCCACUACUUCCCUCAUGAUUAUAUGUCAUUGUGUAGUUUUCCCUUUUCCAAAGUGUUCCCGUGGACUUCUCUGUGUGUUUUUGUACACCAAGUGCUUCCUAUGCGCACCCACUAUAGACACAAGUGUUAGCCUCCUGUGAUGUGCAUGCGAGAUGUUAUGCACUGCACAUCCUGUGCUUUCGGUGUAGAGGCGAUAAGUUUUAUGCUUUUGUCCAGUGGUGCUAUGAGAGUCACCACCUUUUAGUUAAUGCAGUGUUAUUAAAUUGACAAACAAGGAUGUCUAACCUGGACUGGUUACACAAACUGUUCACAUAUGGAUACGAAGUAGUAGUUAAUAUCUGCCUUGUAAUGAAUCUGUAGUUCGGAUGGUGUCCUCCAGCUCCCAGUUAUUCUUUUAUUCAUAUCAGUAAUUUAAGCAAAUAAACUCAAUAUUUUGGAACCAGGAUCUGAAAUAAUGCCUUUGUAACUAUGCUGCAGGCUCAUGUCUUUCAGCGUUAAGACAUUAAAUAGCACUAUAACCAGUAACGUAACACUGGCUGUAGAGUGCACAUUUACAAUGCGCUUACAAAGAAAUACAUUGAUUAAAAGUUUCUUCUCAUCUGCUGCAGUUCCACUCUCAGCUCCCGAGGCCCUGAAGAUUUUGACAGAGAAAGACCAUGUGUUCCUCUUCUGGAAGAGCCUGGCAGUGAGAGAGAAGGGCUUCAAUGAGAGCAGGGGGUAUGAGGUGCACGUGUAUGACAGUGUGACAAACCAGACGGCUUACCUGGGGAACACAACGGAGACGUACUUCCGUAUCAGUAACUUGAUGGCAGGACACAACUACACUUUCUCUGUGCAGGCCCGCUGUCUGCUCAACAGCCAGCUGUGUGGGGAACCUGCCCUUCUACUGUACAACCAGCUGACAGCAGGGGCCAGUGAUGCUUCCCGCAGUGAGGGCCACUCAGGGGACAUGGCCGCAGUGGUGGUUCCCAUCCUCUUCCUGCUGCUUCUUGCAGUGUGUGGCGUCUUGGUGGCACUCUACCUCCGACACCGCCGAUUGCAGAAUAAUUUUACAGCCUUUGCCAACUCCCACUACAACUCUCGCCUGGGCUCUGCCAUUUUCUCCUCUGGGGAUGAGCUGGGUAAGAAACCUUUUCCUUUUGAGAUGCAUGUGGCCUUAGGCAAACCAUGUGUUUGUCACUUGACACUGCAGAGGUCAGUAGUUUUCAGGACCCAUCAGUGGUUGUUUCACUUAGUUGGCUGAUUUAGGGUGUGCAGUUUCCACAGUUGAUUGGUGGGAAGUCUGAUGGGGAUCACGUCUUUGUUGCUGCAGUGAAAGCGUGAAAGGUGGGGAUUCUGAGAAAGACUAAAGAAACCUAAACAAAAUCUAAAAAUCACCUCCAUAUGAAACUGGAGGAGGUAAAUGU